CGGGCGGCGCGGAAGCGGCGGCCGGGCAGCCAUGUCGGCUUUGUCUGCGGCGCGGGCGGCCCUGCGGGUCUACGCGGUGGGCGCGGCGGUGGUCCUGGCGCAGCUGCUGCGCCGCUGCCUCGGGGGCUUCGCGGAGCCAGCAGGUCGCCCCGAAUGAGCGGAGGCCGGGCGGGCAGGCCCGGGCGGCGGCGCGAUGGAGGGCAAGAGCCUGGACAGCUCGCAGAGCGACCUGAAGCUCGUGGCGCACCCGCGGGCCAAGAGCAAGGUGUGGCGGUACUUCGGCUUCGACACGAACGCCGACGGCUGCAUCCUGCAGUGGAAGAAGAUCUAUUGCCGCAUCUGCAUGGCGCAGAUCGCCUACUCCGGCAACACGUCCAACCUCUCCUACCACCUGGAGAAGAACCACCCCGACGAGUUCUGUGAGUUCGUCAAGAGCAACACGGAGCAGAUGCGCGAGGCCUUCGCCACCGCCUUCUCCAAGCUCAAGCCCGAGGCGGCGGCCGCUGCGCCGCACCCGCCGGGCGCGCAGGACCCGCUGGCGGCCGCCAAGGGGGCGCACGGCCACGAGGGCAAGAGGCAGCAGGAGCUGACGGCCGCCGUCAUGGGCCUGAUCUGCGAGGGGCUCUACCCCGCGUCCAUCGUGGACGAGCCCACCUUCAAGGUGCUGCUGCGGACGGCCGAGCCGCGCUACGAGCUGCCCAGCAGGAAGUUCUUCUGCAGCAAGGCCAUCCCCGAGCGCUACGGCGCCGUGCGCGACGCGGUGCUCAAGGAGCUGGCGGACGCCGCGUGCUGCGGCAUCUCCACCGACCUGUGGCGCAGCGAGAGCCAGAACCGCACCUAUGUGACGCUGGCCGCUCACUUCCUCGGCGGCGGCGGCGGCGCCCCCCACUGCCUGUCCGUGGGCUCCCGCUGCCUGAAGACCUUCGAGGUGCCCGAGGACAACGCGGCGGAGACCAUCACCCGCGUCCUGUACGAGACCUUCAUCGAGUGGGGCGUCAGCUCCAAGGUGUUCGGGGCCACCACGGACGGCGGGAAGGACGUGGCCAAGGCCUGCUCGCUGCUGGACAUUGCGGUGCAGAUGCCCUGCCUCGGGCACACGUUCGACGCUGGCAUCCAGCAGGCCUUCCAGCUGCCCAAGCUGGGCGCGCUGCUGGCGCGCUGCCGCCGGCUGGUGGAGUACUUCCAGCAGUCCACCGUGGCCAUGUACAUGCUCUACCAGAAGCAGACGCAGCAGCGCGCCGCGCCCUGCAUGCUGGUCAGCAACCGCGUGCCCGGCUGGGGCAGCACGCUGGCCAUGCUACAGCGCCUCAAGGAGCAGCAGUUCGCCGUGGCCGGCGUCCUGCUGGAGGACAGCAACAACCACCACCUGAUGCUGGAGGCCGCCGAGUGGGCCACCAUCGAGGGGCUGGUGGACCUCCUGCAGCCCUUCCAGCAGGUGGCCGAGAUGCUCUCGGCCUCCAGGUACCCCAGCAUCAGCAUGGUGAAGCCCCUCCUGCACAUGCUGCUCAACACCACGCUGAACGUCAAGGAGACCGACUCCAAGGAGAUCAGCAUGGCCAAGGAGGUGAUCGCCAAGGAGCUGGCCAGGACCUACCAGGAGACGCCCGAGAUCGACAUGUUCCUCAACGUGGCCACCUUCCUGGACCCGCGCUACAAGAGGCUGCCCUUCCUGUCUGCCUUCGAGCGCCAGCAGGUGGAGAACCGGGUGGUGGAGGAGGCCAAGGGGCUCCUGGAGAAGCUGAAGGAGGGCGCCUGCCGGCCCGCUGAGGACAAGGUGUACGCUGUGCCCGACGAGCCGCCGGCCAAGAAGCGGGCGCUGUCGCCCACGCCGGCGCCCGCCAGCGUCAUUAACAACAUGUUGGCGGAGAUCUUCUGCCCGACGGGGGGCGUGGAGGACCAGGAGGAGUGGCACGCGCAGGUGGUGGAGGAGCUGAGCAACUUCAAGUCCCAGAAGGUGCUGGGCCUCGGCGAGGACCCGCUCAAGUGGUGGUCGGACCGCCUGGCCCUGUUCCCCGUGCUCCCCAAGGUGCUGCAGAGGUACUGGUGCGUGGCGGCCACGCGCGUCUGCCCCGAGCGCCUCUUCGGCUCGGCGGCCAACGUGGUCCUCGCCAAGCGCAACCGCCUGGCCCCCGCGCACGUGGACGAGCAGGUCUUCCUGUACGAGAACGCGCGCGCCGGCGCCGGCGCCGAGCUGGAGGACGAGGACGAGGGCGAGUGGGGCCUGGACCACGAGCAGGGCUGCGCGCUGGGGGACGCGGGCCACGCCGGCUACCUGGGCGUCCGGGACGGCGGCUUCGUGUAGCCGGCGCGCCGGGGGCGGGGGGUGGUGCGGGGGCCCUGGCCGGGGCUCUGAUGUCCGCCGCGACCCGAAACACAGGGAGCAAGAGAGAGCCGGCUUUGCGGUGGGGACAUGGGGCGUGCUUCCUCGCGGGGGCGGGGCUCGCAUCCCUGCCAAAGGGAAAGACGUGACUUGGAGAAGCUGUAAAUGUUGGCUCGUAGGAUUCCAGAUGCCUAAGUCCACGUCGGAUGCUUUAUUUCCUACAUCAUCCCCUUACCCCAGCAUUCGCUUUCUCCGCCAGGGAGGGUUUGGGUUUAAAUCGGAGAAAAACAUCAAAACUUCUGCAGAUGAGAUCAACCUCCUUCUGUCUCCUGCACACAAGCCCUCUCGCUGGAUGUGAGCGACCUGUGGGUACCGGUGCGCACGUUUACAUUAUAAUAUCACUGGGAACCUUGCCUCUGGGCAGCUGGGGAGACACUGUACCCUGUUUCCAAGAGAGACUGGUUUUAUGUUGGGUGGGAGAUGUUAAAAUGGAGGGUGCAAUGCAACCGCUUAUAAAAAAGCAGAAAA